AUGCCGCCCAAGGGUCAGAACGCACGCGACACGAGUCGCAAGGGCGCAGUGGAAACUCCUGCCGCGACGCCUGCAAAAAAGAGAGGUCGCCCAGCCAAAUCCCAGACAAGCGCUAGUCAAUCAACCCCAAUCGCAUCCGAGCCUCCAAAGAAACGCGGUAGGCCCUCCAAAGUGACCGCUGAAGAUGUCGCCGUGCUCCCAGACGCGUCCGAGCCGACAAAACGCGGUAGAGGUCGCAAGCUAGACACGUCCAAGUCGGCUACUCUAGCUGCAACGCCUAACAAGGCUAAGAGUAAAGGUACUAAGGGCAAUAUAGAAGCUGUUGCCAAUAUAGUAGAACCAACUCCACGAAGGCGUGGCCGCCCCCCUAAAGCAAGCGGCCUAGACCUAAAGCGUGUCGUAGGCACUACUCGUGUAGGUAAGCGCCAGGCUGCUCAACACAGGACGACUAGGUCGGCCACCACCACCACCACCACCGCCUCUAAGUUGCGUACCCGUCUUCCACCAGCCAGCAAGGUGUUUAAAGAAGAGCCUGCUCCGCCGCCAGCUAGACGAGGGCGACCACCCAAGAAUGCAGCACAAGCCCCUGUUGUUCCUCUUGCGAAGAAGAAGACGCCCAGAGGUCGCAAGGCUGCCGAGGUGCCAGUCGCAAAGCCUACAAAGCCUUUGGCGCCCCGCAAGAUGCGUGGUCACACUGUGCGCCAGAUCCCCGACAGAUACAUUGUCCAAGUCGACCAGCUCUUGCAUAACCUAAUGCAGGCCGAUAUAGAUACCGCGUCUAAGAAGCAGGUACAGGAAGAGGAGGCAAACCACGCACACGAUAUAGAGGUUGAGGCUGACGUCGAGGAUAAUGUCGAUGAAGAGAACAUGGUGCCAACUAGCGCUACUAUUGAGGGCCAGGGCUUAGAAGACGCUCCACUAGACGCAGGUGCUGAAUCCGAAUCCGGCCACCAGCACUCGGAUGGCGUGGCAGAUAACUUGGGGCAAAGUGAACCUACCUCUGACCAGAGUACGGAGCAAGAGCAGUCCGAGUUGAAUGGCGACUUUGAGUAUCCUCCCAGCCACGACGAAGAUGGUAUCCUUGUUCCCCAACAGGAAAUUGAUGUGCUAGAUGAGGGGUAUGCAAAUGGUGCCUAA